UUAAGCUGCAUAAUUUUUUUUAUAUGCUCACCACCACGGCUCUACUAAAACCACAUAUCAAUCAAAACUCUCUUGGUCCAUUCAUAUCUCAAGUAAUUUUUGAUCAUAUUAUAAUUAUUGCUCCUUCCUUUCACACAUAUUAUUAAAAGCAUCUAAUUAUAUAUAGAUAGCUUAGAUAAAAAGACAUGCUCUCUUCUCACCACCUUCCUAGUCAUUUCCUUGCAUCUAACAUUGUCCAUGCACUAAUUUCCUCAAAGAAGCACACUGUUUGGCUUAUAAUCAAUAAUCUUAUCCUCUUGAUCUUCUUUAGAUUGAUCUCCCUUCUGGCUCCUCGAUCCAAAGGCUAGAAAUUGUCAUCUUUUUUCUUUGAAAAUUCUCAGAUAGCUAGAAGAUACAUAUAUAUCAUAUAGAUUUCCUUGCUAUUCACUCUUGGUUUUUUUUUAAAGAGUUUUUGAAAAUUUUUAAGUGAUGGGUUUGAGUUCUAAGCAGGUUUCUAGUGAUGGGGUUGAUUGGAGCCAGACCUUAUUGCAGACUCAAAGUUUAGAGCUGCCAAAACCUCCUCCGAUGAGGCGACGACAACAACAACAACAGCAGCAACAAAAUCAGCAGCAGCAAUCCGAUCCAUUGAAGUGCCCAAGAUGUGAAUCAACAAACACAAAGUUCUGUUACUACAACAACUACAACAAGUUACAGCCUCGGCAUUUCUGCAGAGCUUGCAAAAGGCACUGGACUAAGGGCGGAACUCUACGCAAUGUUCCUGUGGGUGGCGGCCGCAAGAAUAAGCGGCACAAAAAAUCAACCACCGCUGCCUCUGCCAGCACCAGCACUAGUACUGCUCACGCAGCCACCACCAACAGCACCAAUACCGACAUCAAUAAUAGACUCGCUGCCCACAUGUUAAUUGAAGCUCAGCAGCAAAGGCAGAAUCUUCCUGCUCUUUCACUUGGUGAUCACAAAAGCAUAUCUGAAAUCCUCUUUCAUUCACUGAUUCGUUCACCAUCUUCGAUGCAACAUCAGAAUUUGAUCAAUUCCAGCAACAACAUGGACAGCAAAAAUUUCAGCAGCAACAGUAACAUUCAUAUGGGUUCAACUCUGCAUCUUCCUUCAGGCCAAAGCCUACACUUUCCAUUUUCAAGCUCAAGCUCUUUUAACACCAACCCAUCUUCAAUUUCAACCUCUUUACAUUCUUCAAGUGUCUAUAAUUACACUGAAGGAUUCAAAACCAUUGAGGAGCCAACCAUUACCAGUAUCAUGGCCAAUACAAGCACCUCUGCCCCACAGCCAUGGCAAGUACCUACUACAACAAGCAGUACCAUGGACAUGACAACUUACUGGAACUGGGAUGACAUUGAUACCUUUGCCUCUACUGAUCUCAAUCUACCAUGGGAUGAUUCUGAUAUCAAACCAUAGAAGACUUUAACCAUGUUAGCAUUGUCCAUAAUUUUGAUUUUUAGUUUGGUAUUUAUGUUUGAUAAGAAUGAGUUCAAAUCUUCAAUGUAAUAGUAUUUGUAUGUC